CAAUAUAUUUUGAAAUAUCUAGUAGAACGUUCAGUAGUUCUCCAGUAAUCACGAAGUAUUCCGAAAAUCAGUUUCCUCUAUCUAGAAACAAUGAAGGUGCUUUGUACUGUCGUCACCGCUUUAGUGGUUUUAUUUGAUUCUAUUGUUUGCGAACCUGACUGGUAUCGUGUUACCACAAAGAAGGCAACAAAAGCAGAUAUAAAGAAUCUCCUAACUGGACCCUUUGGCCACCUGGAAGCUAAACUUCCUUUGACUCUUCUACUAUUGGAGAAUAUCUUAUUUGGAUAUAUGGACGAGAAACGCGUAGCUCGUGCAUUAUAUGUAAAUAUGGGGGUGGGUGAGAGACACGAACGAGUUUCAAAUGAUAUAGGAAAAGAUUUUAUAAGCAAGACAGUGCCAGCGGACGUGGAAGACGCUAGUGGCGGCUCGUGUUGCGGACUUGUACCAUAGGAAGGAAUAGCGGUGACCAUGGACAACCUGGACAAUGAAAUGGAAAUGGCAGCAAAGUGAAAGCAUUGCAUGGAAAUAUUACACAAAACUUAAAUUACGUACAAAAUUUCAUACAUUAUGUUUCUCAACUCUCUUAAAAUAAAUCUGUGCAUGUUAUCACAUUGAUCUAUA